AUGGAGGAAGUUGUAGCAGAGCCGCCGCAGGUUAUUCCUCCGGUUGUUAUGGAAUUCGAAAAGGAGAUUGAAGAUGAUGACGACGACGAUCUCUCUCUUUCGUCAGAUUCCGAUAUCGGUGAAGCUCUUGACUGGCUCGACGGUAAAGACGAUGACGAGCUCAUUGGUGGUGGGUUCUCUCUCCACGCGCGUCGCCCUAAUGCCCACGGUGGACAUGGAGCUCGUCCUAAUUCCAGCGCUCUUCAGCCUAUUUCAAACAAGGCGCAGAAGCUUUCUAGUCACGUCCGUGCUUCCCCUUUGGAGGGAUGGGAAGGCAGAGAUAAAGUUGGAAUGUCGAAUUCUGUAACGACUGCGAUUCGUGGAAGUCUCAGAGAUACGGAAAUUGGAAGAAGCAGAAACACUGAUAAAGCAGAUAGAGCAACAGUUGAACAGGCUCUUGAUCCGAGAACACGUAUGGUUUUGUUCAGGAUGCUUAAUAGGGGUGUGUUCAAUGAUGUUAAUGGCUGUAUUUCAACAGGCAAAGAAGCAAAUGUUUAUCAUGCUACGAAAUCUGACGGUGCGGAACUUGCAAUAAAAGUGUACAAGACAUCCGUUCUUGUUUUCAAGGAUCGAGAUCGGUAUGUACAAGGAGAUUACCGUUUUAGACAUGGCUACUGUCGCCACAACCCCCGUAAGAUGGUGAAGACAUGGGCUGAAAAGGAACACAGAAAUCUUAAAAGGCUUCAGGCAGCAGGAAUUAGGUGUCCAGUUCCUAUCCUUCUACGACUUCAUGUUCUAGUCAUGGAGUUUAUAGGAAGGGAUGGUUGGGCUGCACCGCGUCUCAAGGAUGCUGCAUUAUCACUGGACAAGUUAAGGGAGACGUAUCUAGAGUUGAUAAUUCAAAUGCGAGUAUUGUAUCAGAAGUGCAAAUUGGUGCAUGGAGAUCUCAGUGAGUAUAACAUACUUUAUUUCGAGGGACACCUUUAUAUAAUUGAUGUUUCACAAUCUGUGGAUCUGGACCAUCCUCUUGCCCUCAAUUUUCUACGGGAAGAUUGUGACCACGUCUCAGAUUUUUACAGAAAACAUGGUGUAGCCGUUAUGACUAUACGGGAGCUAUUUGACUUCAUUGUUGAUCCGUCAAUUUCAGACGAAUCUGUUGAUAGCUAUUUGGAAGAGGUCCAACGUAAAGUUAUUGAACGAGGAGAGAUAUCCGUAGAGGAUGAAAUUGCGGAUUCAGUAUUCAUGAAGUCAUACAUACCGAAAUCUCUGGACGCUGUGAAGAAUCCUGAAGCUGAUGUUGAGAAGAUAACGAGCGGGCAGGACACAGGAGAUAUGUUGUACCAAACAAUAACAGGGCUUAAGGAUGCUCUUCCUAAAAUAGAUGAGACGCAAAUAAAGGUGGAUGUUGAAGAGGCAAAAGAGGAAGAAGAAGAGAGUGAAGGAGAAGAAGAAGAUGAUGAAAGUGAAAGUGAUGAAGAAUUGGGUCCUGAAGACAAGAAAGCUGCAAGAAAAGAUCACAAGAAGAAAGUGAAAGAGGAGAGGAGAGAAGCUAGGAAGAACAAAACACCCAAAUCUGUCAAGAAGAGAAAGAAGAAAAUCUCUAAACCGCACAAGACCCGUUAA